AUGAAGCUCUCUCUCGUCCCCUGCACGCUCCUCGCCGCGGUCUCCGCCGUCGUCGCGCAGACCCAGAACACCACGUUCCUUACGGGCUUCAUCGAGACCCUCCAGGGCAUGGGCCUCACCGAUCUCACCACCUUCGCGUCGCAGAUCAACGACUCGUCCUUUGGCGAGGCCCUCCUCGCUACCAUCUCCGACGGCAAGCCGUACCUCUUCUUCGCGCCGUCGAAUGAUGCAUUCAUGAACGCACCCGAGAAUGUGACGGCGAACCCACCGGAUACCCUUGCGUACCACUAUGUGUCGGGCAACUUCUCCGGGGAUAUGUCCAUGUACCCGAACGUGACCCUCGGCCGUACCUUCCUCAAUGACUCCAUGUUUGUCCAGCUCGAGGGUAACAAGAGCCAGGUCCUCGCGUGGACCAAGCUUGCCGACGGUGCCAUCCACAUUCUGAACCAGAUGAACGAUACGAUGGUGACAAACACGACGAUGUACGGGAACAUCACGAUCAACGUGAUCAACACCGUGCUCAGCUUCCCGCCAUCGCUUUCUGACGUCGUUAUGAUGGACAUGAAUGCCUCGCUCUCCUCGCUGCAGACCGUGCUCCAGGAGAUCAACGUAGAGUACUUCAACGCGAGCACCGGCGAGACCCAUAACACGUCCACCUUUGACGUGCUCAACAUGGGCGCACAUGGUUUCACCCUCUUCGCACCGAACAGCUCUGCUCUAGAUGCCAUCUCCAGCGCGCUGCAGAGUUUGAGCAACAACCAGACGCUCGCCGAUACCAUUCUGCUGAACCAUGUCAUCAACGGCACUUCGGUCUACUCUUCGGAGCUCGUUGGCAUGAACUACACCUCUGCAGCGGGUGAACCUCUGUUGUUUAUGAUGAAUACGACUGGGCAGUACGUGACCUCGGGCAACGUAACCGCGAAGAUCAUCCAGCCGGACGUUCUCCUGAGCAACGGUGUCAUUCACGUUAUCGACCGGGUGUUCCUGAACGAGAAGAGCGACAUGAGCGCGGCGAGCUCAGCUGCCGCGUCGGCGACGUCUGCUGCUGGUCAUAGUACUACCGAGUCGGCACCCAUUGGAUUCUCGCAGACUGCCUCACUCACUGCAUCCGGAUCGAAUGCAGCGCAGCCAUCGAACUCGAAGAGCGCGGCUGUCGCAACGUACGCCCAGAGCGGAUCCACGAAGAUGUGGGCGGUGGGUCUCACAGUGUUAGGUGCCAUCGUCGGCGGGUACAUCACGCUGUCGUAA